UCACGUCAGCUGAAAGCUGGCCGGUUGUCACACACACGCACAAGAGUUGCGUGGGCUCAGAAACAAACGCGCGGGCUUUGGACGUUGACCUCUUCCGAGGGUCGCCGUUUCUAUCCUCGCGGUCUGGACUCCAGAGAAUAAGAGACGUCUGGUUUCUCAUCGGAACACACACAAAGACACACUGGUCUGUUUCAACCGCAAGGGACUACCUACCACCUCUGACCCACUCUGUGACCGGCCUCCCGUGUCCCGUCACACCAAUCUUCCGACAACAGUCGUCCGAGGCCUCCGCGUCUCUCCUCUCCUCUCCCGUCAUGCGUCUCCUCGCCACCCUCGUCCUCUUGUUGCUCCUCAGGUCAGCUGAGCCCCGGAGAGGCCCUCGGUCGGGGGCUGCGGAGAGGGGCGCCAGGGGCCGCGUACGAGGCAGAAGCAGGGCCGGAGUGAUGAGACGUCAAACUCAGGAGUGUCAGGAAUACAUGGAGGCGGGGGAGAAGUACCUGGACUGUCAGGACAGGCAGCUGACCACCGUGAUGCAGGACUGGCCCAAAGAUAUCCACCACCUGCUGUUGGCAAGAAAUAAGAUUCAGGUUUUGAGGACCAACAUGUUCUCCCAGUUCACCCAGCUGAAGAGCCUGGACCUCCAGCAGAACCACAUCUCCAUGGUGGAGGACGGAGCAUUCAGCGGCCUCUCCCGGCUCACCACCCUGCUCCUCCAGCACAACGGGCUGAAAACUGCCACCGAGGAGGUCCUGCUCCCUCUCCCCCGCCUCACCUACCUCCGUCUCUAUGACAACCCCUGGAUCUGCCACUGCUCAUUAGACAGCCUGAUCAGGACCCUGCAGGUGCCCAGCAACCGCAAUCUCGGCAACUACGGCAAGUGUGCGGAGCCCGAAGCCCUGAGGGGCCAGAAGCUGAGGAGGCUGGAUGUGGACUUGUUGUGUGCGGACAACAUCCAGGUGGACAGGAAGCCGGGGGGCGGAGACGCGGGGCUGCCGAGGAUUACGCCAACCAAAGUGAAGACGGAGGCCACGUCGAUGUGCCACACCUACAUGUUCCCCAAACCUCGGCUGGACUGCAGCAACAAAGAUUUGAAAAACAUCCCGUCUGAACUGCCAUCUGACAUAGAUAAGAUGGAUCUGUCCAGAAACACCAUCAAACAUCUCAGGCCCAAACAGUUCCUGCUGUCCAAAGACCUCAAGCUGCUCAACCUCAGCAGCAACAGCCUGCACCAUUUAGACACAGCUUCAUUCGCAGGCCUCCUGCACCUCCGUGAGCUCGACCUGUCCAAUAACAGCCUCCAUUACUUCAAGUACGGUGUACUGGAGGACCUCUACUUCCUUCUGAAGCUCUCGCUGGAGAACAACCCCUGGAUCUGUGACUACAACAUCCACUACCUGAUCUACUGGCUCAAGCACCACCCCAGCGUUUUCUACACUGGCCUGAUCUGCUCCGAGCCACGGGAGUUCAGGGGCUGGCGCGUCGAGGAGUACGUCAAGACGUACAACGGGGAAUGUCCCAAGGAUAAACGCACUGGAGGGAUGGAUACGGGACAGGGAGGACAAGAGGGGACGGACAAUAAUUCACAGGAGGGGGCGGGGGAGACGGACGAGGCGCUGUCUGAAAAUCUGCGUCAGCCCCACAAAGAGAAGAAGCCCAAAAAGUUUGAGAUCAUCCGGUUGAAUUAGAUUGGUGGUGGAUCAGACGGGCGUGGUUUAGGAUAGGGUCAACGGAGGGUUGUAUUACAGUUAAAAUGCAGGUCUUUGGAGGAGCUGAUAAAUGAGUUCAUAAAGGUAGAGUCAGUGAUUUCAUGUUUAGAUGUGACGAGUAAAAAGUAAAAUGUUGCAAUGAAAUACUUUGUCAUUUUAAUAAUGAAUAUUAAUAUUAUUAAUUGUACCUUUCACCAAAGGUUUAGAAGCUUUUGUUUGAUCUUUUUGCAGAGCAUUCCCAACACAGUCUGUAUCAGAUAUAAUAACCUCAACAGAGACACCUACUUUCCUACACAAUGAACUGCAGGUGCUCACUUUAUUUCUGUCAUAUUCAUUGUGUUAUCGAGUUCAGGAUAUUCUUUUUUUUCUCCUCAUAGAAAGCAGUUUUUGGUCUUUUUUUCUGUUUCAUUAAUGUACGACGAUGUCUGACCUGUUUUCUGGCAAUAAAAUUGGGUUUAUUUUUUCUGCUAAUUUCUUUGGACAGGCAUGACGGACAGUCAAAGUGUCGAUAGACGUAGCAAACGGUCAUCAGUUAACCACCAAAUAACACAUGUGUGAGUUUCCAUCUCCACCUCAAGCCUGAUAUCUGAAUUUAACAAUGAUGAGGACGAACAUAUCCUGCCUUUAGCAUCCAAAUCAAAUAUUCCCUGAAAUUUCCCACAGGUUAUAUUUAUGCAUUGAGAAGGUUUGACAUGCAUCCAAGAAGUACAUGUGGAGUCAUGGCAGGACUUAUUGCUUGUCAGAUUUGGGGUAAAGGACAAGGCUACUCUUUGUUCCCAUCAUAGUUCUGCAUUAAUCAAUAUUGCAGGUUAACUGUGUUAAGUUUAGGAAUAAUAACAAUCAGUGCAAGUCCUGCAAUGUGACCUCUAGAUUGAUGUUUGAAUAAAACAGAUUAUAUCCUGGA